AUGGACGGGGGACCAGCUGAACCGGAUCCAGUAGUAGACGAGAAUAAUGAGAACUAUAAAAAAAAUUGCAACCGGGCACGGGUCGGGGCGCGGGAACCCAAUCUGUUUGCUGGGACUACCGAGAGCAUCGGCGUACAGGGCACACUACUGCAGCUGACAGGCGGUGUGGCAAUGAGACUGCAGCUGAGAGCGUCGCCACCGCAUAUGUCGGGUGACGAGAGCGGAGGUGGAGUUACGUUCCCAGGGCUGUAG